AUGCAUACAUCCAAAUCCGAGAUAACCCUGGCCGACCUGGUUCCGACGCCACCGGAGGGUGAUCAUACCGCUGGUAUCGACGGCCAAAAUGAUAGGAACGACCAGGGAGUCAAUUUCCAGUCACUGAGUGACACGGAUGUGGAUAUAGGGACUCCUGAGCCGAAGGAGGAAAGAGGGCCCAAGGACUUCAUCCAAAAGCGACUCACUCUCAGCUUCAACUCCGUGACGGUGCGCGUCGCCGCGCCAGACCAAGCUUUGGGAGAGACUUUGUGGUCGAGAAUCGAUCCGUCACAGUUGUUGGAUAUGGUCCGGAGAAGUGGCGGGCACGCGAAAAGGACAAUCCUGAACGAUGUAAGCGGCCAGGUAAGCCCCGGCGAAAUGCUUCUGGUUCUCGGGCGCCCUGGUGCUGGCUGUACAUCCCUCCUUCGCGUACUCUCGAACAACAGAGAGGCUUUCGACGAGGUCCAGGGGGAGACAAGAUACGGCAGCAUGAACCACAAGGAGGCUAAGAAAUUUCGCCAACAAAUCGUGUUCAACAACGAAGAUGAUAUCCAUUUCCCGACCUUGACUGUCAAUCAGACCAUGAAGUUUGCGGUGCGGAACAAGAUUCCAAGGGAACGGCCGGAUAAUGGCGGGGAAAAGACAACCUUCGUCCAGGACAGGAAGACAGCUAUCCUUGACUCACUCGGAAUCGGCCACACCAAGAAGACCCUGGUAGGCAACGAGUUCAUCCGUGGAGUGUCUGGUGGUGAGAGGAAGCGCAUCUCUCUGGCAGAGGUGAUGGCAAGCCAGAGCCCUAUACAAUUCUGGGACCAGCCCACUCGGGGUCUCGACUCCAAGACGGCCCUCGAGUUUGCGGCCACCCUGCGCGACGAGGCCGACCGGAACGGUAAGACCAUCAUUACCACCACAUACCAGGCCGGCAACGGAAUCUACGACAAGUUUGACAAGGUCCUCGUCCUCGCCGAGGGGCGCGUCAUCUACUAUGGCCCCCGUAUGGCGGCCAAGACGUAUUUCGAGGAGCUGGGCUUCGUCUGCCCCAAGGGUGCCAACAUCGCCGAUUUCCUCACCUCCGUAACCGUCAUGACGGAACGCGUCGUUGCGCCCAGGUUUGAAGGCAAGACACCGACUACGUCGGAGGAGUUCGAGACGGCUUACAAAAACAGCGCCAUCUGCCGACGAAUGGCCCAAAUCUCGACAUCUCCAGAGGCUCUGCAGGGAGAGACGGAGGAACUCAAAGCUGCGUCGAACAGGGAGAAAAAGGAGAGGCGCAUCGCGGGCGGCCGUAGUGUCUACACCGUCGGCCUCACGGAUCAGAUUGUGAACUGCACUAGGAGACAGUUCGAAAUCAUGAUGGGUGACCGCAUAUCCCUCGCGAUCAAGGUCAUUUCUGCCAUCAUCCAGGCACUCGUCUGUGGCAGUUUGUUUUACAAUCUCCCCCAGACCAGCGAAUCCAUCUUCCUGCGGCCUGGAGCCAUAUUCUUCCCUGUUCUUUACUUUCUGCUUGAAUCCAUGUCAGAGACCACAGCCUCCUUUAUGGGGCGCCCCAUCCUCGCCCGCCACAAGCGCUUUGGCUACUACCGGCCAACGGCCUUUUGCAUCGCCAACGCCAUUACGGACAUCCCAGUCGUCAUGAUCCAGGUCUCAUGUUUCUCUCUCAUCCUCUACUUCAUGUCCGCACUUCAAACGGACGCGGGGAAGUUCUUCACCUUCUGGGUCAUCGUCAACGCCCUCACCCUGUGUUUCGUCCAGCUUUUCAGAAUGGUUGGCGCCCUGUGCAGCCACUUCGGCACGGCCUCUCAGCUGUCCGGACUCUUAUCAACCAUCUUCUUUAUCUACGGAGGCUACCUAAUCCCCUUUGAGAAGAUGCACCCCUGGUUCCGCUGGAUCUUCUAUCUCAACCCUGGCGCCUACGCCUUCGAGGCCUUGAUGGCCAACGAAUUCGGCGGGCUCGGCUUGCAAUGUGUCUCUCCGCAGUACGUCCCAUACGGCGGCAGCUACGACAACCAAACUGCCAACUACAGGGGCUGCACCGUCCUGGGGGCCGAUUCCAUGGGGAUGAUCGACGGCGCAACCUACAUCCGAGAUCAGUACUCCUAUUCAACUGGUCACAUCUGGCGGGGGUUCGGUGUGCUGAUCGGAUUUUGGAUCUUCUUCCUGGGCGUCACCGCUCUAGGAUUCGAGCUCCGUGACAACCAGGGCGGGUCUUCGGUUCUCCUCUAUAAAAGGAGCCUCUGGAACAAGAAGCGGGAACUGGAUCCGGAGGCGCAGUCAGUCUCCCUUAAGAGAGAGAGAGAAAAUACCCAACCGUUGCCGGACUCCCAAACCGUGAAGCAGUCGACCUUUACCUGGCACGACCUCGAUUACUAUGUCAAGUCACAUGGCGAGAAGAAGCAGCUUCUGGACAAGAUCUUUGGAUUCGUGCAGCCGGGCAACCUCACCGCGCUGAUGGGAAGCUCCGGGGCCGGAAAGACAACUCUUCUCGACGUGCUAGCCCAGCGCAAGGAUGCCGGUGAGAUCUACGGAUCGAUCCUCAUCGACGGAAAGCCACAGGGCAUCAGCUUCCAACGGAUGACGGGCUACUGCGAGCAGAUGGACGUUCACGAGGCGACUGCCACCGUGAAGGAAGCCCUGGUCUUUUCGGCACUACUCCGCCAGCCGAGAGACGUUCCGCGUUUGGAGAAGAUCGCUUAUGUCGAUCAUAUUGUGGAUCUUCUAGAGCUUCACGAUAUUUGCGAUGCUUUGAUCGGAGUUCCGGGCGCUGGACUCAGUAUUGAGCAGCGCAAGCGUGUCACCCUGGGUGUCGAGCUUGUUGCGAAACCAACCCUGUUAUUCUUAGAUGAGCCUACCUCUGGACUCGACGGUCAAUCUGCGUACAACAUCGUUCGCUUCAUGAGGAGGUUGGUCGACGGCGGCCAAGCUGUGCUGUGCACGAUCCACCAACCGUCUGCAGUUUUGUUCGAGGCAUUCGACUCCCUCCUUCUUCUCGCCAAGGGUGGCAAGAUGGCCUACUUUGGACAGACCGGAAAUAAUUCUGCCCAAGUCCUAGACUACUUCUCUCGCAACGGAGCGCCCUGCCCCGACGACGUUAACCCGGCUGAGCACAUAGUCGAGGUCAUCCAGGGUAACACAGACGUCAAGAUCGACUGGGUCGACAUCUGGGGCAAAUCUCCCGAGCGCCAGCAGGCUCUUGACAAGCUUCAGGCCCUGAAUGCCAAGGCCGUGGCACGGGGUGACGCCGAGGACGACACAGCCGACUUUGCCUCUACCAAGUGGUUCCAGUUCACGAUGGUGCUGCACCGGCUAAUGAUCCAGUUGUGGCGUUCGCCUGACUACGUGUGGAACAAGAUCAACCUGCACAUAUUCGCCGCGCUUUUCAGCGGCUUCACCUUCUGGAUGAUUGGAGACGGCUCGUUCGACCUGCAGCUCCGACUGUUUGCCAUCUUCAACUUCAUCUUUGUCGCGCCCGGGUGCAUCAACCAAAUGCAGCCGUUUUUCCUACACAACCGCGACCUGUUCGAGACUCGCGAGAAGAAGUCUAAAACCUACCAUUGGAUUGCUUUUAUCGGCGCCCAAGCCGUGUCAGAGAUACCCUAUUUGAUCAUCUGUGCGACGCUGUACUUUUCCUGCUGGUACUUCACCGCCGGAUUCCCCAUAGAGGCCCGGAUUUCCGGACACAUAUACCUCCAGAUGAUCUUCUACGAAUUCCUCUACACUUCCAUCGGCCAGGCCAUCGCCGCCUACGCGCCGAACGAGUACGGCGCCGCGAUCAUGAACCCCGUCCUGAUCGGGGCCGGACUAGUGUCCUUCUGCGGAGUCGUUGUCCCCUACAGCUCCAUGCAGCCCUUUUGGCGGUACUGGCUGUACUACCUCGACCCUUUCAACUACCUCGUCGGCGGCCUCCUCGGCACCGUCAUCUGGGAUGUCCAGGUCACCUGCAGUGCCGCCGAAUUCACCUCAUUCGAGCCGCCCGCCGGCCAGACCUGCGGCCAAUAUAUGGCAGACUUCCUGCAGUCAAGUGCGGGAUAUGUCGAUAACCUCAACGCCACGUCCGGGUGCAGGUACUGUCCCUUCGCGACCGGGGCUGAGUACGCUAAGACGUUCAACUUGUCAGAGGAGUACUAUGCUUGGAGAGACACUGGUAUUACAGCACUGUUCUGUGUUUCCUCGUACGCCCUCGUGUUUUUCAUGAUGAAGCUGAGGAGCAAGAAGACAAAGAGCGCGAGGUUAGAGUAAGCCUAAUAUGGGAAUUCGCUUUCAGCCGUUCCCUAAUUAGAGCUUGUCUCUCUCUGUCAGGAAGACAGCUUCCAGCAACGGCGAAGAAGUGCCAUCUGUGCUAUAAAUCUACCCUGCAGGAGGGAUAUUAUACAAAUCAGACUCAAAUAGCACAGUACUUCACGGUCCUAGGCCGAAGCAAACUGUGGCCUUUGGUAGGGCCAUUCCAGAAAUGCACUAUAUCGGAGCUUGCGAAUCGUUUCGCUCAUGCGAAAGAAGACUAGCAACACCGGUGCAAUGCCAGAGUAGAUUACCCACUGGCAAGGGCACUUAAGGGGCUAUAUAAGAGGGUGGACCAGCUUGUGAAAAACAUAAGAGGGUUUCCUUUGGAUUUCGACGG